AUGGCCCAUGGUCCCAUGAGUGGUUUGAAAAUAACAGGCGACGCUGAUCCUAUGAAAGUGAUCAAGGUGGCUGCCAAGGACGGAAAAACUGGUCAAGAUUUACAGCUACAUUAUUCCAAUUAUAAAGUGGCUGGUAAUGGAUCUUUUGGUGUGGUGUAUCAAGCCAAGCUUCUUCGUACGGGUGAAGAUGUUGCGAUCAAGAAAGUAUUGCAAGAUAAGCGUUUCAAAAACCGUGAAUUGCAGAUCAUGCGAAGCGUCAGCCAUCCCAAUAUUGUGUCUCUCAAAGCGUUUUUCUAUAGUCAAGGCGAUACAAAGAAAGAUGAAGUGUAUUUGAAUCUUGUACUUGAAUACAUUCCAGAAACUGUUUACCGUGCCACUCGACAUUAUGCGAAAGCGAAACAACACAUGCCAAUGCUUUAUGUAAAAUUGUACACUUAUCAGUUGCUGCGUUCUUUGGCUUACAUCCAUUCUCUGGGAAUAUGUCACCGAGACAUCAAACCACAAAAUCUUUUGUUGGAUCCGACCACCGGUGUUUUGAAACUUUGCGAUUUUGGCAGUGCCAAAGUCUUGGUAGCUGGUGAACCAAAUGUGUCUUAUAUUUGUUCUCGCUAUUAUCGAGCUCCUGAACUUAUUUUUGGGGCUACGGAUUACACUGUGAGCAUUGAUAUCUGGUCAACAGGCUGUGUUAUGGCCGAGCUCAUGUUAUGUCAACCUUUAUUUCCUGGAGAAAGUGGUAUAGAUCAAUUGGUGGAGAUUAUCAAAGUGCUUGGAACACCUAGCAAGGAGCAACUGCUCGCCAUGAAUCCAAACUAUACGGAGCAUCGGUUCCCUCAAAUCAAACCCCACCCUCUCCAUAAGCUUUUUAAAUCACGAACACCUCCAGAAGCCAUUGAGUUUAUCAGCCAGUUGUUAGAGUAUGCUCCUGGAAAGCGGUUGUCAGCGAUAUAUGCUAUGGCCCAUCCAUUCUUUGAUGAGCUGCGCGAUCCAGCUACUCGCAUGGCUGAGAACAAACCUUUACCCAAGCUGUUCGACUUUACUGAGCAUGAAUUGUCUAUAAAGCCAGAGUUGAAAUAUAAGCUGGUUCCACCCCACUGCUUCGAAGAAUUACUAUCCCGGGGCAUUGAUAUUCAUAAUUUCCGGCCAAUGUCGGCUGCAGAGAUAAGAAAUAACACCAUUACCCAUUAG